AUAGUUACCGUUUUAUAUUAGAGUACAUGUCACAUUUAACUCAGGAGGAAUCACAAAAUGACGCUCACAACAUAGAAUAUACAGAAGAAAUUGAAUUGAUCUUGCUGAAGAUGCAAAAACUUGCUCUUUGGCAUCUCGCUUACCCCCCAAUCCCUGAUCAGCGUUCCCAAUCACUAUCGAAAAUAAUUAAAGGCUCUAUGGUACUUUCUGCGAUUAUUUUCCUUGGCUACUUGACACUUGAUAAAUUGCUUGCAGUUAUUUUUCAUUGAAGGGAUGAUGGAAAUAUUUUUUUUUCUAUAAAAUUGUUUGAAAUAUAUUAAUAAAGUACAUUUUUUUCUUAUUCUUCUUUGUUCUGCUAUUAAACAUUUUUUCUAAAAAAAAAUGUCAUUUAAUAAACCAAUGUAAUGGAACAGUGAGUAUUCCUCUACUUGGAGGGCUCAUUUUGUAAAUGGUUGCAUACAUACAAUUUUUUUCCAUAUUGGAAGUGAAUCCAACAUGCUUUUGGUCAUCUCUCGUUUUCGUAUAUAUUUACCUAUUUUUUAUCAAUCAAUCGAAGUCUUAGCUGCCAUUUUUCUCCAUUCUUGGUAUUGAUCACCCUCAUUUUGGCCAAUACCUGUAUUAUUAUUAUUAUUUAUCUGUCACACAAGAGGGGGUGGGGGCGAGGGACCUAGCGUGCUCACCUUUUCCUUCCUCUUUUCCUUAUUCCGAUCUCAUUUCACCCGUCCCACCUCACCCAUUGUCAAGGAAGAAGUAACACCACUAACCACCAAUAGGAUACAACAGGCCGGGACCCCUUUCUUGAGUUCCCUCCGUUUCUUUCUCUCUUAUAGUGGGGAGAGGGGGUUGUGUCAAUUGCGAUGAACACGAUUCUACCCUACACGGUAAACCCCACACAGAUGCGGGCGUGUGAGCGGCUGAGGCUGCUCAACCCCAACUCCGCGGGCGCAACCGGCCCGAACGUCGCGGCGCGGGAGCAGAAGCCGGUUUGUGGGGGCCUCCUGAAUGGCUGGGAUGCGGCGGCCGCCCGGGUUCUGCUCGAGCCGCCAGGCCCCGUUCAGACCUGGGACCUCGCCUGGACGGACGAGGAGGCCGACUGGGAGGCUCAGGUCCACCGCAGCACCUGCCCCGAGGAGGUUGAGGCGCUGCUGCCGGCGAGGUGGAUCGGGUACCACAUGCAGGGGGAUGUGGAUGGGACGCUGGCACGUGUGUGCCGACUUUGCACGGCCCUGGUGCAGCGCUUCGUGGCGCUCUCGGCGGGGAACAACGCGAACGCAUCCACGGCGAAGUGGCGACAGCGCCAUGCGCUUUAUGACCGACUCGGAGCUGUGAUGGAGUUGCUCGAAGCUUCCAUCGGUGGCGCCAUCCCGAUCCUGAAGCUGCAAGACACCGAGUUCAUCCGGAAGUGCUGGGAACAGCUGCAAGAUGACGAGAGGAUGGAUGUCAUAUCAGCCUUAGGAGUUUCAGACGAUGAUGAAUAG